AUGGCGAUUGGCAACAUCUAUAUCAUUGCAGGCGUCUCCGUCGUCGGGGGCGCCCUCUUCGGCUUCGACAUCUCGUCCCUCUCUGCCCAGCUGGGCAUGCAGAGCUACCUGUGCUACUUCAAUGAGGGCCCCAAAGGUCCCCCAUUCGAUGACAACGAGCAGUGCUCAGGUCCCAAGCCUCUUCACCAGGGUGGCAUCACGGCUGCCAUGUCUGCUGGCUCCUGGCUCGGUGCCCUCAUCUCGGGUUACGUUUCGGAUAUUUUGGGUCGCAAAAAGUCCAUCAUGAUCGGUUGCAUCGUCUGGCUCAUCGGUUCCAUCAUCUCCUGUGCCUCGCAAAAUAUCCCCAUGCUGGCCAUCGGCCGCAUGAUCAACGGUCUCGCCGUCGGAAUCGAGUCGGCACAGGUCCCCGUUUACAUUGCUGAGAUCUCGCCGCCGUCGAAGCGCGGCCGCUUCAUCGGGUUCCAGCAGUGGGCCAUCACCUGGGGCAUCCUGAUCAUGUACUACAUGUCCUACGGGUGCUACUAUAUCGGCGAGAACAACUCUAGGAACUACAACACGGCCUCUUUCCGCGUGCCCUGGGCCCUGCAGAUGGUUCCCGCCAUCUUCCUCUUCUUCAUGAUGAUGCCUCUGCCCGAGUCGCCCCGUUGGCUGGCCCGCAAGGACCGCUGGGAGGACUGCCACAGCGUGCUGACCCUCGUCCACGGAAAGGGUGACCCGAACCACCCCUUCGUCAUGGCCGAGCUUCAGGACAUCAAGGACAUGUGCGAGUUUGAGCGCCGCCACUCAGACGUCACCUACCUUGACCUGUUCCGUCCCAGGAUGAUUCACCGCACCAUAACUGCGCUGUUUACUCAGAUCUGGUCCCAGCUGACGGGAAUGAAUGUCAUGAUGUACUACAUUGCCAACAUCUUCAGCAUGGCAGGCUACGAGGGUGACUCGACCCUGUUGGCCUCGUCGAUCCAGUACGUCCUCAACGUCGUCAUGACUCUGCCCGCCCUCAUCUGGAUGGACAAGUGGGGACGCCGCGGACCUCUUCUGACAGGAGCCCUCCUGAUGGCCAUCUGGAUGUUCAUCAACGCGGGCGUCCUGGCGACGUACGGCGAGAUCAUCGAGGGCGGCAUCGGCGGCGUGGCGGCGCAGUCGAUGAAGGUGUCGGGCUCACCGGCCAAGGCCCUGAUAGCCUCGACGUACCUGUUCGUGUGCUCGUACGCGCCGACCUGGGGUCCCACAUCGUGGGCCUACCCGCCCGAGCUGUUCCCGCUGCGUCUGCGGUCCAAGGGAGUGUCCCUGGCGACGUCGGGUAAUUGGGCCUUCAACACGGCCCUGGGGCUGUUCGUGCCCGAGGCCCUGGCCAACAUCAAGUGGCGGACGUACAUCAUCUUUGGCGUCUUCCUGAUCGCCAUGUUUAUCCACACCUUCUUCCUGUUCCCAGAGACGGCGGGCAAGACGCUCGAGGAGCUCGAGGCCAUGUUCGACGACCCCAACGGCAUCCCGUACAUCGGCACGGCUCCCUGGAAGACGCACGUGGCCACCAGCUCGACUCGCCGUGCCGAGGCUGGCGAUCUCGAGGCCAGGCUUUCCAAGGGACCGGUUGCGCAGCACACCGAGGCCAGCGUUGAGAAGUCCUAG